GGUGCAGGGGCCACUUUUAAAUUUCCUACUCAUUGCUUUUCACGCGUGAACUCAAACCCACAGCGCUGCCUCGUUGUCUCAAUCCACCCGCGUCUGCCUAUAAGAAAAUAGCAUCUCUAGCCGUGACGGGUGCUGUUAGGUGACAUCUUGCUGGGUGAUUGUAACCGAGUCUGUUACUGUGAGUCACUAAUUACAAGCGUUGCAAAAUCUAAGGAUGUUACCAUUCGACAGGCGAAGAAACGAUGGAAUUGAAUGAUAAGAUUUUUUUUGGCUCAUAAUUUAAUUAAAAUUGUUUUUAUAUAAGUGAUAUAAAUGAUUGUAUGAGUAUGAUACAGCAUUUCUCAUAUUUUUAUUGAGCUUAGUAGUUUCAGACUUUAUCCUUUAUCUCAGUAGCAUCCCUGCAAGUGCACUAUUCGUACUAGAAGUCUAUAAGAUAGUGCACCUCUCUCUCUCUCUCUAUCUCUCCAGGGAGAUAAACUCGCAGUAGCAGUAACGGAAAGAGAGUGUUUUUAUAAUUCUGCCAUAAAUGCCUCCUUUGCUUCGUUGGCACCCAUUACUCUCUCUCUCUCUCUCUCUCUGUCUUUUUUCCAUUACAUAACUGACCUAUCAAGCAAAGAAGCCCGUCAACAGUACUAUAGCAUACAACCAUGGUCCAGUGUUUUCCGUGCACACGGCACUCCUCUUUUUACCAUACUCUCUUUUUAUUUCUCCAUCUGGGCUUGAUCACCAACGCCGCAUAAGCCACGCCCAGAUUCCAAAAUCUUCUCUUUUUGGUUCAAAUGUCUAACAGCCCAUAUCAGCAAGACCAUGAAAAGGUGCAAUUCUCAGAAAUUUUUAAGAAAUUCAAGCGUUUGAGACUUUUUGAACCAUCUGUAGGGAUUUUGGGGUUCUUUUUUGUUACAGUUUGUGUGAUUUGUUGCUUCUUUUACUUAGAUUUCAGGUCUGUAAUUAAUAAGGGGUAUAUAGUUCCAGGUAAAUCAGAAAGGUUUAUGUGGCUGCAUGUUAAUGGGUCAAGUCCCAAUAGAAGAGUUGAGUUUUUGGGAGAGGAUGGUGAUGGGUGUGAUGUAUUUGAUGGGGAAUGGUUGUGGGAUGAGACUUAUCCAUUGUAUCACUCUAAAGAUUGUAGCUUUUUGGAUGAGGGGUUUAGGUGCACUGAAAAUGGCAGGCCUGAUUUGUUCUACACCAAGUGGAGAUGGCAACCCAAGAACUGCAACUUGCCCAGAUUUGAUGCUAAAAUGAUGUUGGAGAGUCUGCGCAACAAACGGCUAGUGUUUGCUGGAGAUUCCAUUGGAAGAAAUCAAUGGGAGUCCCUCCUCUGCAUGUUAUCUUCUGCAGUUUCUAAUAAGGACUCAAUAUAUGAAGUGAAUGGCAGUCCAAUUACCAAGCAUAAAGGAUUUUUGGUAUUCAAGUUUCGGGAUUAUAAUUGCACUAUGGAAUACUAUCGGGCUCCAUUUCUUGUAUUGCAGAGCCGGCCUCCUGCUGGGGUUCCAAAGAAUGUUAGAUUAACCCUCAAAUUGGAUCAAAUGGAUUGGAAUUCUGGCAAGUGGAGAGAUGCUGACAUGCUGGUCCUCAACAUGGGGCAUUGGUGGAAUUACGAGAAAACCUUAAGAGGAGGUACUUACUUUCAAGAAGGGAGAGAGGUGAAAUUGGAAAUGAGGGUUGAACAAGCAUAUCAUAGGUCAAUUGAGACUGUGUUGCAGUGGAUACAGAAUAAAGUGAACACAAGCAAGACCCAAGUUUUCUUUCGUACGUUUGCCCCUGUACAUUUCAGAGGUGGAGACUGGAGAACAGGGGGAAACUGUCACUUGGAGACAUUGCCAGAGCUUGGGUCAUCAUUAGUACCACCUGAAACAUGGGCCCAAUACAAAGUAGUAGCUGAUGUGCUAUCAGCUAAUUCAAACCGGGCAUUGAAAUUUAAUAUAUUGAAUAUAACCAGGAUGUCUGCACAAAGAAAAGAUGGGCAUUCAUCUGUAUACUAUCAGCCUUCCAAACCUGCGCCAUUGCGUCUACAAGACUGCAGCCAUUGGUGCCUGCCUGGUGUCCCUGACUCAUGGAAUGAGCUCCUUUACGCACUGCUACUAAAGCGCAAAACUAAGAAGACACAUAACUUAUCCUCAUACAGAGCACACAGUUUUCGUUAGGAAAGCUCUUAUUUAUACUCCAAUUCUAAAGGCAGGAGUUGGAUGCCUAGAAAUGAUUACAAUUUUCCUGGGGAUGACAGAAAAAAAAAAAAAAAAGGAAAAAGAAAAAGAAACUUGCACUGUAAAUUUUAUUUAUUGGAUUUUUGAUGAUUAUAGAGAGAUUAAACUUAUGAGUUUGACUGGAUUUUUGCAUUGGAUAAAGACUAUUGAUCAAAGGAGGCAAUUGAAGUGAGUAACAGAUAUGCAGAA